AGAUGACUACAGCCACCCCUUUGGGGGACACCACCUUCUUCUCACUGAACAUGACCACCAGGGGUGAAGACUUUCUGUAUAAGAGUUCUGGAGCCAUCGUUGCUGCCGUCGUGGUGGUUGUCAUCAUCAUCUUCACGGUAGUUCUGAUCCUGCUGAAGAUGUACAACAGGAAAAUGAGGACAAGGCGGGAGCUGGAGCCCAAGGGCCCCAAGCCAGUUGCCCCUUCUGCCCUGGGCCCAAAUGGCAACAGCAGCCAGCAGCCUGCAACUGUGACCUUCAGCCCUGUUGAUGUUCACGUGGAGACUCGGUGACCUCUACCCUGGUGCUAUCUCUGCCACUGUCCAAAGAACCUUCUCCAGAGGGAAGACCCAGAAGCACACUUCUCUGGUAGCUUCACCUUGAGUUGCUUCUGGUUAGGUCGACAGAGGCAUCUUUUAUGCAAUCCCUGAUGCUUCAGGCAAUCCUCAACCUCCUUCUGCCCUGCCCUACUCCAACUAUGUCCAUAUCCCUGCUGCUACCCUACCAAAAAGCUGCAGAAUAUUCUUUUGUCAUCUGAUGAGGUAGAGCUGUGUUGGGAAUCCACUAAUGUGGGUUUGGCUCUCCCCCCACAAGACUAUAGCUAGACAGACAGAUAGACAGACAGACAUAGAGCCAUGAGUCUUCUGGUCAGCGGUCAGGGGUCAGGAAAUGCUUCUGAGAGUGUCCCAAUAGGAUCUGCCACUGGGAUCAUAUCAGAUUAAAUGCAUACCCACAGCUUUGCAGAGCAAGAUAUUCAAUCCCAUAAUGAGGCACAGGGAAACUAACUUGGACUAACUAACCAGAAAACCAAUUGUUAAUUUAUAACUUGUCCCAGUACUAGAUGAC